AUGGAUGGAAAAUCGAUUGGUGUAAUCUCCUUGCAAGUGCCCUUGCCAUGGAUGGUCUACGUUGAUGGUGCAGCUAAUCACAGAGGAUCUGGGGUGGGACUCGUUCUGAUAUCUCCAGAGAAGAUCACAAUUGAAAAGUCCCUAAGAUUGGGAUUCUCGGCUACGAACAAUGAGGCCGAGUACGAAACUCUGUUGAUAGGGAUGACCAUGGUUCAGAAGAUGGGUGGAAAAAUGGUGGAGAUUUUCUCUGACUCAAGGCUGAUUAUAGGCCAAGUCCAAGCAGAGUUGGAGGCAAGAGAUUCUAGAAUACAGGAAUAUUUAUGCCCGGUUAGACACUUACAGUCUAGAUUUGAGUCUUUUGUUUUAUCGCAAGUUCCUAGAAGUAGGAAUGCCCAUGCAAACUCUCUUGCCACACUGGCAACAUCCUCGACACAGGACUUGCCUAGGGUAAUCCUUGUGGAAGACUUGUGCAAACCCUCUGAGGUGGGAAGGAAUGUAGUCCAUGUCCUGCCUGAAAGUAAGUUUGAAGUCGACAAGAUACGGAGAAAAGCUCCUCGGUUCUAG